GCCCUAAGCGACUUCCCACGAUCCCAUCGCAGAAGCAUCCUGCAGGGAAGAUGAACAAUGCCUCGCCGCCUCCGGCUCCAGCGACACCUCCGCCGCCGCACUCAACCGCCACCACGCUACCUGAGAUUGCCUCUGCAUCGCCUUCUCUUCGCCCCCGCCGCCGGCACCGCCCACCGGAGGUCCGGACCCGCCCAACCGACGAUGCUCCCGCGCCGCCUCGCCCUCCGCCGGCACCCACCUCCACCGCCGGGCCGCCGCCACCCCCGGCCCUUCCUCUAGGUUCGGUGAUCAUGGAGCUCUCUCGAACCCCGGCAACCCCGAACCCUAAAGAUUCGCCGCCUCCACUGCCACCAUCGCCGGCGGUGACCUCACCGUCGGCCGCUCCGCCAACCUACCACCUCUCCUGGCCACCCCUCCUCCUUCCCUAGCUCGCCGCCGCCGCUCCGCCUCCCUCUGGCGCAAGGUUGAAGAUGAACUGGAGGUGCGCCUUCUGCGACGGUCGCAUCCCACUCGCGCGCGCGAUAAAUAGAAUCCCCGCCGGCGGGCCGCGUUGCAACACAGCCGCGCGGCCGUGGAUUGUGCAUGCGGUCCAGCAGCGCCGCACCCGCGCCCAGAUCAAAUUGCUGCCCGCGCGCGGCGGCGCCCGCGUCAGCCGUCAGAGACGAUCCGAUGCACGCGUCGCGGAGCCACCUGCCCGCGACCGGCGACGCCGACGCCCUCAUCCGCGUCGUGGCCGCCUGCCGCGCGCCCGCUCACCUCCCAUCCCUCCGCGCCGCGCACGCGCGCCUCCUCCUGCUGCUCCACCCUUCCCACCCCGCCGGCGCGCCGGCCCGCGUCAAGCUCAUCCAGGCCUACGCCGCCUGCUCCGCGCUCCCCGCGGCCCACGCCGUGCUCGACUCUCUGUGCUCCCCCGAUCGCGGCGCCGCCACCACCACCAUCUGCUUCAACGUCCUCAUCCGCGCGUUCACCGCCGCCUCGCUCCACCGCGACGCGCUCCGCCUCUUCGCCUCCAUGCGGCCGCGGGGCCCCGCCUGCUUCCCCGACCACUACACCUACCCGCUCGCGCUCAAGUCGUGCGCGGCGGCGAAGGACCUCCUCCUCGGCCUCCAGAUCCACUCCGCCGUCGCCAAGCUCGGCCUGGACGCGAACCGCUACGUGGCGCACUCGGCGAUCAGCAUGUAUGCACGGUGCGGCUGCCCGGAGGACGCGUACAGGGUAUUCGAGGGAAUGCAGAACCGGGAUGUUGUCUCCUGGAACGCCAUGAUCUCUGGGUUCGCGCGCGCGGGUUUGUUCGAACGUGCUGUGGAUGUUUUCAAGGAGUUUGUAGCGCUGCCUUGUUCAAUCCCCGAUGCUGGCACAAUGGCAAGCAUCUUGCCGGCUAUGGGGAAUGCCAAGGCAGAGGAUAUAUUAUUCGUCAGGAAAGUGUUUAACGAGAUGCAGUUUAAAGAACUUAUUUCUUGGAAUGCAAUGCUUGCUAUAUAUGCCAACAAUGAGUACCAUGUUAAGGCUGUUGAGCUGUUCUUGUGGAUGGAAAGGGAUGGGGUCGAACCUGAUUCACUGACUCUGGCAACAGUUCUUCCUCCCUGUGGGGAGCUCUCAGCAUUUUCGGUGGGAAAACGGAUCCACGAGAUUAUCAAGAGGAAAGGGAUGCUCCCGAACUUGUUGCUUGAAAAUGCUCUAACAGACAUGUAUGCCAGCUGUGGAUGUUUGAAGGAUGCUAGGGAGGUCUUUGAUUCCAUGAGUACACGGGAUGUGAUAUCAUGGACUUCAAUCAUAUCUGCUUAUGGAAAGCAUGGUCAUGGAAGUGAGGCUGUUGAUCUUUUUGAGAAGAUGCUAGGACAGGGUCUGGAACCAGACUCUAUUGCCUUCGUUGCAGUUCUCGCAGCAUGCAGCCAUGCUGGCCUUUUGGAUGUUGGAAAGCGCUACUUUGAUUCCAUGACUUGCAGGUAUCACAUCACUCCAAAAGCAGAGCACUAUACUUGCAUGGUGGACCUUCUCGGCCGUGCUGGAUGUAUAAAUGAGGCAUAUGAUUUCAUCAUGACGAUGUCAAUUGAGCCAAAUGAAAGAGUCUGGGGAGCGUUAUUACAAGCUUGCCGAAUUCACUCCAAUAUGGACAUUGGGCUUGUGGCAGCAGACAGUUUGUUCAGAUUGGUACCUAAACAAUCAGGAUACUAUGUGUUAUUAUCUAAUAUGUAUGCUAGGGCUGGAAGAUGGGCUGAUGUUACAUCAGUGAGAAGUGUCAUGGCAAACAAGGGUAUCAAGAAAUUGCCUGGUGCUAGCAUUGUUGAGCUAGGGGACCGGGUUCACACAUUUCAUAUUGGCGAUAGAUGUCACCCACAAUCCGAAAUGAUCUAUCAGAAAUUAGAUGAGCUAUUGGGAAGAAUCAGGGGAAUGGGUUAUAACCCAGAGGUGGAAGCUACACUUCAUGAUGUUGAAGAAGAAGAUAAGGAGGGUCACCUUUCAGUUCACAGUGAGAAAUUGGCUAUUGCAUUUCUACUUAUAAACACUAGUCCAGGGACGCCUAUCAGGGUAACGAUGAAUCUCAGAACAUGUGGUGAUUGCCAUCUUGCUGCAAAGCUGAUUUCAACAAUCACCAGUAGAGAGAUUAUCCUCAAAGAUACCAAUAGGAUCCACCAUAUAGUACAAGGUGGUUGCUCUUGUGGGGACUACUGGUAAAGGAUUUAGGAGUAUCAUAUACUGCAUUAUUGUGAGUCAACCGUGGUUGUUUGAAGAGAAAGGAUCUUUGCUCUUUCAAGCAUGAAACCUCAAUUCACCUUUCUCCCCCCAUGUGCAUGCUAGAAUUAAAUGGAUGAUAGUUGUCUGGACAGAAUCUGUCACAGAAUUGCAACAACUGUGCUCAACAGAGUAAAAACGAAAAUAAAAACCUAUAUAGGCAUGAGCACUUGACUUCCUCAUCUGGUCGUUCCAUGCAGCGAAAUCAAUCUAACAGAAAAACUAAACAGAAGUACACAAAUCAAAUAUCAGCUUUCAAUUGUUCAACUUUUGUGAAGCAGAUGCGUAUAACAGGUGGAGCCCAGGCAUACAAGAACAUUCACAUUUGCCUGCUCGAGUGUAUUUGCCUACCAUCUUUCAACUGAACAAGAACCAGUGGAACAGAGAUGUUCACGAAGCAUGUAAGCAAUGAUAUGACACUAAUUUAGAGUUUCUACAUAACGUCCCAACAAAUCUAAGGAACAAGUGUCAUGGAAGCUAUUUCCCUAUAGCCCAUGCUCAGAAGCUACAUGACUUUCUCAAUCAGCAUUCUAAGCAGUUCUCGCUUCGCUCCCAAGAAAAGCACAUUGUGUAUACAUAUGGCAGUCCUUUUGCAAUAAUGCAUCCUACUAGAUACUCAGGGGAGGCAAGCAGUUCUAGGAGUGAAAACUACAAAGAUUUUAUCAUGUUUUCUGCACUAGGAAUCCAAGGCAUGCACUUAUCUUUUCCAUCGCUACUUUCUUGUCAUGAUUACACAUGCCAGCUUGCAAAUUGCUUUUCUAGCAUUCCACGGUUAAGUACAAAAAACCACAGCAUAUAUUUUAGUCAUUUUAUUAUGUGAAUUUAUGAAAGUUGCAAAAAUCAUGUUCCAUGAAUAAAUUACACAUAUUCUAUAUUUAUGAGUACUUUUCAGCAAGGCAUUUCUAAAAAGAAAAGGUAAUUUUUGUAGCAAACUUUCUGCAAUCACCCUUGCAUUUAUUUUAUCUUGUGGCCUUAAAACAUAUGGAGUAUAAUGUCUAAAAAUGGCCACAUGAAAAAAGAUGGUUUGUAUCAGGUCAACAAACAAAGGUAGUGUGGGAUUAGGGUGGAAAACUGGAAGCAUAUCUUCUAAUUUUAUCAGAGGAAGGAUUUAAAGGGUAAAUACUAAACAACAUCAUUAGCUGCAUAAAGUAAGCUCUAUUGCUGGUAUGCAGAUCACCUCCCUCCCAAACACCUAAAGUCCAAAGAGCCACCUUCGACGCAGAACUUAAACCUCCUCGGCUUCUCGCCCGACUUCCAUUUACACUUGUUUGUAAUGUCUUUUAAAAAAACGAUCUGGAAAUUAAAAUUUCAUUCUCCAGUAUGAUGAUCACGCAGCUCACGUUGAUGAGAAGGUAAGGUUGGUUCAUCUGAGAUCCAAGUCGAACUGGAAUAUCCAUCACUUUCAUGUAAUUUUUUUUCUGACUGUAGGUUCCAUAAAUAAAGCUCACCUGUUGAUCAUUGAUGCCAUAAAAAAAGUUGUUAGUUUCUUUUGGUUCUUUUCGAGAUAGUAUAUGUUCUGCCUUUUAAUGCAUGCCCGAAUUUGGCAUUAUUUUGCUUAUGUGAAAGCUAAAUAUACUUUCAGGUUCCUAAACUGAUUAUCCAUUAUGAUUAUGGGAAAAAGAAGCUGGCUAUUGCAGGAGAAAUCGUUUGAUUUCCCUUGAAGUUGUAGGCGGCGCAUACUAGCAAUCAGCUUACAUGACAACACAUAUAUUUUUUCUGAAGUAAAGACAACACAUAUAGCAGGGAGGCAGUAUGGACGCCACACCGUCAAUAAGGAACAUCAAAUCGAGAUCAUCGUUGUUGAUACCUUUUUUUCCAUCAUCAAUCUUCUACAACGUGUCCAUUGUUUUAUUGCACGGCCAGUUUAAGUUAUCCAGGAUCCUAGGAUACACUGAAAUGUACUAUGGAGUAUGAACUGCCAAGCUACAGAACUAGUACACAGUACAGUAUUUGAACGAGUGAAAAUGGCAUUUUCUGUC